UAACGUAAAAGCUAUAUAUCAUGGCCCAACUAACCUAUAUUCUAUCCCAAUUUAACUCCUUUCUAUGGAUCAUAUACAAACAUCUACUUUACUUUCCUCUUCUCUUUCUCUGUUCUUCUAUAACAACCUUUCCUUCUUUUUCUCCCAUUUCUUCCUUAAAGUUUCCUACCUUUCUCUAAAAAUAUCUUCUUUUCAUGAAAAACCCAUUUCAAAUCUGGUCUUAAAAUCUUAAACCACCCAUUAAAAUUAAUGGGUUCUAUCACCCCACCCCAAUCUUUUUCGAUUAAAACUCUGACGUUAGUGUUUUUGUUAUCGUCAUUCUCAUCUUUUUCUUCAUCAAAUGUGUUUGAUAUUCGAUCUGCUCGUCUUCUUGAUCUUGCCAUUAGAGAUUACACAGUUGAACUCUUUAAUCAAAACAGUUUCAAAACAGGGGAAGUAAACAAUAUUAAUUUACCAGGAAAUUUUUCAGGAAUUAAGGUUAAUACAGUGAGAUUUAGAUGUGGAAGUUUAAGAAGAUAUGGUGGUAGGAUUAAAGAGUUUUACUUACCUAAAGGUGUUAUGAUCAAUCCUUGUGUAGAAAGAGUUAUAUUAAUUAGACAAGAACUUGGGUUUAAUUGGUCUACAAUGUAUUAUAAUAGUUAUAAGAUUAAUGGGUAUCAACUUGUUACACCAAUUUUAGGGCUUUUAGCUUAUAAUGGUGGAGAUGAUUAUCAAAAUAUUACAAGUCCGGACCCCUUUGAGUUGCGGAUCUUUGCGGAUCUAGAUCCAAUUAAGGUGGAUUUUACUAAUAUUAGUAGGGUAAAUGCAAGGUCUAUAAUGGGUAAAAUGCCUUAUUGUGUUAUAUUUGAGGGUCAAGGUAAGGUAACAUUAACAAGUAUGGUGUCACCACAUGUUUGUGAGGCCAAAAAACAUGGGCAUAUUGGGCUUGUGAUUGAGGAUAAUGGUGCACCCCCGCCGAGUGAGUAUAGUAAGGGGAUUAGCCGGUGGAAGGUGGCGGUUGGGAGCUCGGUCGGGGCGGCUUUGGGGGCCUUCUUGUUGGGGUUGUUGUUGAUUGCUAUGUUUGUGAAGGCAAAGAAGAGGAAUAAGUUGGAAGAGAUGGUGAGAAGGGCUUAUGAAGAGGAAGCUUUGCAAGUUACUAUGGUUGGACAUGUUAGGGCUCCGAGUGCUCCUCCAACUAGAACCGUGCCUAUUAUUGAACAUAGUUAUAGACCACCUUAUUUUUGAUACUAAUUGUGUCCAAAACUAGUUGAUUUUUUGUGACAUGUGUAGUUUGCACUUAAUUAUGCUUCUUUAGUAAGUUAUUUUUUUGAUUUUGUAAUAGUGAAAAAAACUUCUAUAAAAGAGAUUGUUUUUAGUAUGUUAUGAUUCUUUAAACGUGUGAAUAAUGUCUGGUUCAAACUUAUAAGAUUGUGAUAAUAUACAAAUCGUUAUUUGCGUUAGUGAUGGUUCAAAAGUCAAAUUCUUUUGCAUGGAUCUAAAGAUGGAAGUGGGUCGAGCCGGCACGAGGCAUGACAUGUGGAUCGCGCAUCUUGACAUGAUGUCCAUGGUUAUGUGGGAUCAAUCAAAUGAUCAUGCUAAGAUGUGUGGUGAGACAAGCAAUUUUUAGCUUAUGCUAAUACAAGCAAGCAAGAGCUUAGCGAUAAAAAAUUUGGCUCGUGUGAGCAACUUAUGACAUAUGAGCAGUUUAUAGCCACAAGACAUAAUGUAUUAUUGAACAGAUCCAUGAACAUGCUCGGACAAGGUUGUACUCUAUGCCAAACUCGUACACAUGAAGACCUUUGGGUCUCCAAGGUUUUAUUCCUUUGGGAUUUUAGAAUUACAAGAGCCUUAGAGUUAAAAGCAAAGCACUAGGAGUUAUGUAAGGGCUUCAUUUUAGGGUCAUG